GAAUAGUCCAAUUCCUAGCAUAGAGCUAAUUUUGUCAACCAUAAGAAUGAACAGAAACAUCCUCAUAAGGUAAGAACAAACAACCACAAUGAAUGAUGCUGUAUCCGCAAUGAUGAUUUCCUCAGGCUUGUUACCAACUGGGACUUUGCUAGAUUCAUUGAUUCACAUCUCUAAUGAAGUUGGUUCAAUGGAGAAGCUUCCCUUGGUCCACACAAGGAAUGUCUCAUCUAUGAUAAGGAGGAUCAAGCUUCUUUCUUCUUUGUUUGAAGAGAUUCAAGAAACAGAUUCCCCACUUCCUCCUUCUUCAAUCCUGUGCUUCACAGAGCUCUACUCAGUGAUUACAAGAGUGAAAGAUUUGAUCCAAGAGUGCAAGGAUGGAAGCACUCUCUGGGGUCUCAUACAGUUAGAGCUCAUUUCUAACCAAUUUUAUGUGCUUGCAAAGGAGCUAGGAAGGGCCUUAGAUAUCCUACCUCUGAAAUUGCUCAAUAUAACAGCAGAUACAAAGGAGCAAGUGCAGCUUCUCCAAAAACAAGCAAAGAGGGUUGAGUUACUCAUUGAUCCAAGAGAGCUUCAAAGAAGAGAACAGCUUCUACAAGUAAUGGCAAACAACAGUUUGCGGAACAAGAAGAACAAAGGGUUCAUUGAUUUUGGGAAAGUGGAAGAUAUAUUAAGCAGCAUUGGUUUGAGAACUCCAUCAGAUUAUGAUGGAGAAAUAUCCAAUUUGGAGGUUGAAGCUCAGAAUCAGGCCGGCACAGGAGGACUAAUUGUUGUCUCCAAUAUAAACAAUCUCAUAUCUCUAGUUUCUUAUUCCAAAUCCAUGAUAUUCAGAAACGGCGAAAAUGAUAGAGAUGAAGAAGAGUGUAAGCCACUGUCUUUGAUUUUAUACAACAAAAACCAUGAUAGUUCUUCAUCUUCUAUGUCCAUUUCAGUGAUACCAAACAUUCCUGAUGAAUUCCGUUGCCCGAUUUCACUUGAUUUAAUGAGGGACCCUGUGAUUGUGUCAUCCGGGCACACUUAUGAUCGAAAUUCGAUUGCACAAUGGAUAAACACAGGGCAUCACACUUGCCCCAAGAGUGGUCAAAGGCUAAUUCACACUGCUCUAAUUCCAAACUAUGCUUUAAAGAGCCUUGUUCAGCAAUGGUGUUAUGAGAACAAUGUCCCGGUGAAUGAGCCUAUGAAUUCUCUCUUAAACAACAGCAGAAGCAAGAAGAACUUGAAAGAGGAAGCUAUUGAUCAUAUUUCAGCAAACAAAGCAGCUUCAGAUGCUGUUAAAAUGACAGCAGAGUUUCUAGUUGGAAAAUUGGCAACCGGCUCAGUUGAUAUCCAAAGACAAGCCGCGUAUGAGCUUCGGUUACUCGCGAAAUCCGGCACGAACAACCGAAGCAUCAUACCUGAGGCAGGUGCAAUUCCCUUUCUUGUGACACUUCUAGCAUCUCAAGACUCUAGAACUCAGGAGCAUGCAGUCACAGCCUUGUUCAACCUGUCCAUCUUAGACAACAACAAGAUUUUGAUCAUGGUAGCAGGAGCAGUUGACAACAUAGUAGAAGUGCUAGAAUCAGGAAAAACCAUGGAGGCAAGAGAAAAUGCUGCAGCAGCAAUAUACAGCUUGUCUAUGGUUGAUGAUUGCAAAGUGCAAAUUGGGGCAUGUACAAGGGCAAUACCUGCAUUAGUUGCACUUUUGAAAGAAGGUACACCAAUUGGGAAAAGAGAUGCUGCUUCUGCAAUUUUCAAUCUUGCAGUUUACAAUCCUAACAAAUCAAGCAUUGUUAAAGCUGGGGCAGUUCCUUUGUUAGUUGAGUUGUUGAUGGAUGAUAAGGCUGGGAUAACAGAUGAUGUGUUGGCUGUGCUUGCUGUGCUUCAAGGUUGCUCUGAAGGGCUUGAAGAGAUAAGGGAUAAUAGAGCUUUGGUGCCACUUCUUAUUGAUCUUUUGAGAUUUGGGUCAGUGAAAGGGAAGGAGAACUCAAUAACUCUUCUGCUUGGGUUGUGCAAGGAAGAAGGGGAGCUAGUGGCGAGGCGUCUGUUGGCGAAUCCAAGGAGUGUUCCUUCUCUUCAGAGCUUGGCUGCUGAUGGUUCUUUGAGAGCUAGGAGAAAAGCAGAUGCCCUGCUUCGGUUGCUCAAUAGGUGCUGCUCUCAACCUCAUCAUUCUGUGUGAGAGCACUUUUAAAUUGCUGUCUGCAACCUUAGUUGCGACCGCAACUUCAAGGGUUCUAGAGUCCUCGCAACGACACUAAGACUGCAAUUGCAGCUGCAUCAACCAACAUUUGUCUGCAACUGCAGUUUAAAACCCUGCACUAGCACUCUAGCAGGGUGUGUAAUGACAAGGCACUGAAAAAUGCAGAGCUAGAUGUAUAUUUUGUGAAUUCCUAUACAUGAAAGUUUGUGUUUCAUUUGAAGUUGCAAUUUCUUAUGUCAUAAGCUUGGUGCUUAGUUCAAUUAUUGUUGAAUAGGAAAUAAUCCUUGGUUAAGUUA